AUGGGCUCUCCGUUACCAAAAGGUUCAACGAGGGAAUGCUUUCGUACACAUGAAGAAGUCGAAGUUCCGCCGAUGAAUGCUGGCUCGAUUGGUGAUGUGCAGCACAUGUUUGUUAAGGACAUGGAUAAUCUUAAACAACUGGGAUUACAAGGGUUUGAGAAACUUAAUGUAAUCCAGAAUAUUGUUUUUGAGCAGGCAUACAAAACCAAACAGAACUUGUUGAUUUCUGCACCUACUGGCGCCGGCAAAACGAGCAUUGCCAUAGUCGCGAUUUUCAAUACUAAUCUUGAGCAUAGGAUGUUGAAUGGAGAAAGUGGAGCUGUGGAAAAAAGAUGGAGCAAUGAGAGAGAAAUGGAGCUGUCAGAAACUCAGAUGUUGGUGCUUACUCCAGAAAAAUGGGAUGUGGUUACUAGAAAAGGCGUCCAUUUAAUGCAUAAAGAUCGUGGUCCGGUUAUCAAAACUAUAGUUGCUCGAACAUUGAGACAGGUUUAUCGCGUUAAGGAAGUUGGUGGUGUUCGACAUGCACAAGAAACGAUGAACGACGUUUGCUACGAUGAAGUUUUGAGCCAUGUGAAGAAAGGUCAUCAGGUUUUGCGGCGAAACUCCCUCAAGGAUUCGUCGACGUUUUUGACAUCGCCAUCAUCGAACAACAGCAGUGUUGAUAGUGACGAAGCUGCUGGCUUAUUAGGUGCGCUUUGCGAGUCAGAAGGAACAGUCCCUGCCGAGAGCCUCUGCACUAGUCCUGCUAAUGAAGACACUAAAAAUGGUUUUGAUCAGUAUCGUCGCGCUAAUGGGACAAAUACUUUUCCAGCCGAAGAGUGUCGCCGUCGUCACGGUUUCAGGAGUAUCGCUGAUGAAGUUGGGGUGCGUUGA